UUUCUGAGCUCUAGCGAGUCCCAGUCAAUCCAGAAAAAGAACAAGGAAAACUUGUGUGGAGCAGCUGUGGUCACUUAGGGUUUUGCUGAAAGUGACGAUUGUGGAUCACGUGGGAAAAGAGAUUAUGUAAACAACGACAAAACGCUUGGUAUUGAAGGUGUCAGCGUUUAAACCUUAGCAAGGUCUGGUUCUCACCUACUUGCUCGUCACUAAUCUGGCACACAGAGUAUCUUUUGCUCUGCAUCGGUUACGCGCAAGACUGCAGUAACCGGUCACUGGCUUUGUCCUGUGGUUUUGGUUGCCAAAUCUCGACGUGCCUAGUAGCUACCGAACUCGUCGGAAGCGCUGCUAUGUCGUCCAAACUGCCUCACUAUCCUUUACCUAUUCAGACGCGGUCUCCCCUCUUCAAGAGUCCUUCGGAGACUGUCCCCCCUACAGAUGAACUUGAAACGCUGCAGGCAGAGCUUAAAUACCUUCGGCAGAAGUCAUUGGAACGGGCCAAGAGGGCCGGAGAAGACUUGAAGACUAUCGAGGAAUCUAUGAGGCGAAUCAAGGAAGAGAGAAAGGCAAAG